GGUGGAGUCCCCUAAGUCAACUCCCUACUUCGGCUUGGGCAACCGGGUAGUAUCACGCCCUCUCGCAAAACCAUGGACUGUAUUACAACGUGCUCAUCAGCUACUGUUUCUGCUAGUCACUUUCACGCUACUUCAUCACACGCCAAUUGUUUGUUUGUUAACAAUCCUCACUUUCCGUUACCCGAUUCAUGUGUUCAACAAUCUGGCUGCGAUUCCGGUUGCGCCGCAGACCAAGGAGUUCAACCUAUGGCUCUCCUUCGUCCCCGAUCCUCGUUCCGUCUGGCGUGCUUCAACGUUCGGACACUCAUGCAGAUUGGACAGCAAGCCGGUCUAGCGCGCACCCUAGAUUCCCUAGACAUUGAUGUCUGCUGCCUUUCAGAAACCCGAUUGCAAGAUCCCAGCACUGUGCUUACAUUGACAUCCCCCACUGACCACGAAGCCAGAUAUCACCUGCGUCUUUCUGGAGAUCCAGAAGCAGCCUCAGCGGCUUUGGCUGGCGUAGGUAUAGCACUAAGUGGCAAGGCCGAGGCGGCACUACUGGACUGGUUCCCUAUUAACAGCCGACUAUGUGCAGUUCGGCUUCGGGAUUCAUGUAGAAUCAACAGGCACCGCGAAGAGAGACACAACUUGUUUGUGAUCUCCGUGUACGCUCCAAAUGACUGCAGUGGCGACUCGGUCAAGGACGAAUUCUACCGGGAUCUACAACAGCUCUUGACUAAUGCUAAAAAGUCGGAUGUCGUUGUCCUUGCUGGGGAUUUUAAUGCACGGGUUGGCCGCCUGUUACCAUACAAACGCCACCUUGGUGGUCAUCACGCGCUCGAUGAGAACCGCUCUGAUAACGGAGAGAGACUUCUCACAUUGUGCGAAGACAACCGUCUGUUUCUUUCGAGCACUAACUUCAGGCGUACGAAGAAGCGUUCCGCAACGUGGCGUCCCCCUUCUUCAACACAACCGUGGUCUCAAAUUGAUCACAUUGCAAUUAGCUUCAGAUGGCGCGGCAGCGUACUGGACUGUAGGUCCUUUUGGUCCACCUUCGUUGACUCAGAUCAUGCUCUGGUCUGCGCGAAAAUCUGUAUGUGUUUUGGAGGAUCCCGAAACAUGAAGCACCGCAAGAUUGAUGUAAACAGAUUAACUGAUUCCUCUGUCCAGGCGAGCUAUCAGUCUUCACUGGCACAUGCACUCAGUUGCAAUCCACCGCAAGAAGUGGAACAACACUGGACUUGUAUACGGAAAGCGCUGACCAUUUCCGGACAGUCAUGCUGCGGCCUAAUUCGACGCCCGUUUAAG